CAUUGUUUUGUUUCAUUUUCUCGCUUCGGGCUACUUUCUCUCUCUAGUUCUCUGUUUCUUUUCGAAGAGGAGAAGUGAGGUCAAUCGUUUCGUCGCCUUUCUUUCUGGAUCUCGUCUUCAGUUAGAUCAGUUUUACAUUUGGGAUUGGGGUUUAAUUUUUUUAUUUGUUUAGGUGUUUGAUGAUCUAGGGUUGGGUUGGGUGUGCUUAAAAUCGUGAAUAGGUGACAAAAGGAAGGGGUAAAAAAAGGGAUUGAUGGUACUCGUUUUAGGGCAAAAUGCAAGGGUAUCAUGCGUAUUCGUCUGCAUGGAUGGCGAGCUGGUGAAGGGGAAGACCGCCAGAGGAAACGGCACAUGUGGACUGUCCCUCCACGUGGCUCCCCGAUUUUAGAUGCACUUGCUCAUGGUGCUGCCUCUCCUCCUUUGUCUUCUUCUCCCAAUUCAACUACUUUCUUUUCUCAGACAAUGGAAAAUAGUGAUCAGAGUGGAAAAUCGCUAAAAUAAGGUUGAUUCCGAAUGGUCCAACUUCAACUUCACAAUUAAAGUCUGGUUCUGAUAGUGUGCAGAAUAGUGCUUCCUGUCAUCCACCACAAGUUAAAGGGAAGAAAAGGGAGAGGGGAGAUAAGGGCUCUGAGGCUGUUAAGCGGGAACGUUCUUCAAGAAUGGAGGAUGGGGAUUCUGGUCACAAUAGAUCAGAUAGUCUAAAAUCUGAGAUUGCCAAAUUUACUGAUAAAGGGGGACUUGUAGACUAUGAUGGCGUAGAGAAAUUGGUGCAGCUCAUGAUGCCUGAGAAAAAAAUAGAUUUGGUUUGCCGAUCAGUGCUUGCUGGUGUGGUGGCUGCGACAGACAAAUUGGAUUGCCUUAAUUGGUUUGUGCAGCUUAAGGGUUUACCUGUUUAUGAUGAAUGGCUUCAAGAGGUCCACAAAGGAAAGAUUGGUGAUGGUAACAGCCCCAAAGACGGUGAUAGAUCAAUUGAGGAAUUUCUCUUAAUUUUACUUCGUGCACUUGAUAAACUGCCUAUAAAUCUUCAUGCACUACAAAUGUGUAACAUUGGCAAGUCUGUUAAUCAUUUGCGUACACACAAGAAUUUGGAAAUUCAGAAGAAAGCAAGGAGUUUAGUUGACACCUGGAAGAAACGUGUUGAGGCUGAAAUGGAUGCAAAACCAAAUCAGGGUGUCUCCUGGCCAGCUAGACGCAGGCUUCCAGAAGUUACUCCUGGUGGGAACAGACAAUCUGGUGGAUCCUCUGAGGUUGCUGUAAAGAGCUUGGUGAUGCAGCCUACUGCUUCUAAAACUGCUUCAGUCAAGCUUGUACCGGGGGAGACCACUGCAAAGUCAGCAUUUGCAUCACCGGUGUCUGUGAAAUCAGUACCAUCACCUACAUCAGUGGGCACAAACCUAAAAGAUGGACAAUCUCGUAAUUAUGCUGUUGGUGGUGCAAUUGAACUUCCUUCAAAUCCGGCAAAGGAUGAGACUAGCGCUGAACCAUCCCUGGUUAACCAGCACCUUAGAGGCAGUGUGCCAUCCCAGCCAUCUGUUUCAAGCCUUCGGGUGGAUAAUUCAGAGACAGGGAACAUUUCUUCAUGGUCUUCCACUGGGAAGCACUCAGCCAUAUCAAUUCCAUCUAUUUUGCCUGAUAGAGCUGAGCAGCCUUUUCCCAUUGUUGCCACUGGUGGGCCCCAAAGGAUGUUGGGUCCCCCUACUGCUGCUACUCCAUUUAGUCCUGAUGUUUUCAGAGGCUCAGUGCUGUCAUCUUCUCCGGCAGUGACCUUUCCAUCCACCUCAUUUCAGUAUCCGGUCUUCCCUUUUGGUAACAGUUUUCCUCUCCCAUCGGCAACCUUUUCUGGUGGUUCAGCAACAUAUGUGGAUGCAUCAUCUGAUGGGAGGCUGUGCUUCCCUGGAGUCAAUUCACAAUUAUUAGGACCUGCUGGUGUGGAGGAUGGGGAUUCUGGUCACAAUAGAUCAGAUAGUCUAAAAUCUGAGAUUGCCAAAUUUACUGAUAAAGGGGGACUUGUAGACUAUGAUGGCGUAGAGAAAUUGGUGCAGCUCAUGAUGCCUGAGAAAAAAAUAGAUUUGGUUUGCCGAUCAGUGCUUGCUGGUGUGGUGGCUGCGACAGACAAAUUGGAUUGCCUUAAUUGGUUUGUGCAGCUUAAGGGUUUACCUGUUUAUGAUGAAUGGCUUCAAGAGGUCCACAAAGGAAAGAUUGGUGAUGGUAACAGCCCCAAAGACGGUGAUAGAUCAAUUGAGGAAUUUCUCUUAAUUUUACUUCGUGCACUUGAUAAACUGCCUAUAAAUCUUCAUGCACUACAAAUGUGUAACAUUGGCAAGUCUGUUAAUCAUUUGUGUACACACAAGAAUUUGGAAAUUCAGAAGAAAGCAAGGAGUUUAGUUGACACCUGGAAGAAACGUGUUGAGGCUGAAAUGGAUGCAAAACCAAAUCAGGGUGUCUCCUGGCCAGCUAGAUGCAGGCUUCCAGAAGUUACUCCUGGUGGGAACAGACAAUCUGGUGGAUCCUCUGAGGUUGCUGUAAAGAGCUUGGUGAUGCAGCCUACUGCUUCUAAAACUGCUUCAGUCAAGCUUGUACCGGGGGAGACCACUGCAAAGUCAGCAUUUGCAUCACCGGUGUCUGUGAAAUCAGUACCAUCACCUACAUCAGUGGGCACAAACCUAAAAGAUGGACAAUCUCGUAAUUAUGCUGUUGGUGGUGCAAUUGAACUUCCUUCAAAUCCGGCAAAGGAUGAGACUAGCGCUGAACCAUCCCUGGUUAACCAGCACCUUAGAGGCAGUGUGCCAUCCCAGCCAUCUGUUUCAAGCCUUCGGGUGGAUAAUUCAGAGACAGGGAACAUUUCUUCAUGGUCUUCCACUGGGAAGCACUCAGCCAUAUCAAUUCCAUCUAUUUUGCCUGAUAGAGCUGAGCAGCCUUUUCCCAUUGUUGCCACUGGUGGGCCCCAAAGGAUGUUGGGUCCCCCUACUGCUGCUACUCCAUUUAGUCCUGAUGUUUUCAGAGGCUCAGUGCUGUCAUCUUCUCCGGCAGUGACCUUUCCAUCCACCUCAUUUCAGUAUCCGGUCUUCCCUUUUGGUAACAGUUUUCCUCUCCCAUCGGCAACCUUUUCUGGUGGUUCAGCAACAUAUGUGGAUGCAUCAUCUGAUGGGAGGCUGUGCUUCCCUGGAGUCAAUUCACAAUUAUUAGGACCUGCUGGUGUGGAGGAUGGGGAUUCUGGUCACAAUAGAUCAGAUAGUCUAAAAUCUGAGAUUGCCAAAUUUACUGAUAAAGGGGGACUUGUAGACUAUGAUGGCGUAGAGAAAUUGGUGCAGCUCAUGAUGCCUGAGAAAAAAAUAGAUUUGGUUUGCCGAUCAGUGCUUGCUGGUGUGGUGGCUGCGACAGACAAAUUGGAUUGCCUUAAUUGGUUUGUGCAGCUUAAGGGUUUACCUGUUUAUGAUGAAUGGCUUCAAGAGGUCCACAAAGGAAAGAUUGGUGAUGGUAACAGCCCCAAAGACGGUGAUAGAUCAAUUGAGGAAUUUCUCUUAAUUUUACUUCGUGCACUUGAUAAACUGCCUAUAAAUCUUCAUGCACUACAAAUGUGUAACAUUGGCAAGUCUGUUAAUCAUUUGUGUACACACAAGAAUUUGGAAAUUCAGAAGAAAGCAAGGAGUUUAGUUGACACCUGGAAGAAACGUGUUGAGGCUGAAAUGGAUGCAAAACCAAAUCAGGGUGUCUCCUGGCCAGCUAGAUGCAGGCUUCCAGAAGUUACUCCUGGUGGGAACAGACAAUCUGGUGGAUCCUCUGAGGUUGCUGUAAAGAGCUUGGUGAUGCAGCCUACUGCUUCUAAAACUGCUUCAGUCAAGCUUGUACCGGGGGAGACCACUGCAAAGUCAGCAUUUGCAUCACCGGUGUUUGUGAAAUCAGUACCAUCACCUACAUCAGUGGGCACAAACCUAAAAGAUGGACAAUCUCGUAAUUAUGCUGUUGGUGGUGCAAUUGAACUUCCUUCAAAUCCGGCAAAGGAUGAGACUAGCGCUGAACCAUCCCUGGUUAACCAGCACCUUAGAGGCAGUGUGCCAUCCCAGCCAACUGUUUCAAGCCUUCGGGUGGAUAAUUCAGAGACAGGGAACAUUUCUUCAUGGUCUUCCACUGGGAAGCACUCGGCCAUAUCAAUUCCAUCUAUUUUGCCUGAUAGAGCUGAGCAGCCUUUUCCCAUUGUUGCCACUGGUGGGCCCCAAAGGAUGUUGGGUCCCCCUACUGCUGCUACUCCAUUUAGUCCUGAUGUUUUCAGAGGCUCAGUGCUGUCAUCUUCUCCGGCAGUGACCUUUCCAUCCACCUCAUUUCAGUAUCCGGUCUUCCCUUUUGGUAACAGUUUUCCUCUCCCAUCGGCAACCUUUUCUGGUGGUUCAGCAACAUAUGUGGAUGCAUCAUCUGGUGGGAGGCUGUGCUUCCCUGGAGUCAAUUCACAAUUAUUAGGACCUGCUGGUGCAGUCUCGUCCCAUUACCCUAGGCCUUAUGUUGUUAAUCUAGCAGAUGGCAGCAAUAGCGUUGGUGCUGAGAGCAGUAGAAAAUGGGGAAGGCAGGUCCUAGAUCCGAAUGCAGGGCCUGGUGGCCCAGACAUAGAAGGUAGAGAUGAGAUGUCUUCUCUUGCACUGAGGCAAUUGUCGGUUGCCAGUUCUCAUGCACAAGCAGAAGAGCAAGCAAGGAUGUAUCAUAUUGCAGGUGGCAUUUUGAAGAGGAGGGAACCUGAGGGAGGGUGGGAUGGCUGCAAGCAGUCCUCGUGGCAGUAGCAAUUUGUAGUUUUACAACCCAAUGAUCCAUGAAAGCUUCUCCCCAGCUUUUUGAGGAUGGGCAUUGGCUAAUCCUGAGAGGUCAUCAUCUAGCUUGUCUGCACUUGGAGGAUGGGUGUUAAGUGAGUUCUUUGAUGUUGUUAUUACUCGUCUCCAACCCCCAGCCUUCCGCUGUAUCAAUCGUAUCGUAAAAGAAUCUGUUCUGGGUCUUUAAGCUGGGUUUGUUACUUGAGUUUGUCCUGGCUGGCUGCAGAUCAGUUUCCCUUUUGUAGAUAUUUAACUGUUGGAAAGCUUGCACUGUAUUACCCUGACAUUCAAGUUGGUGUCCAUACUGAUGUUUAGUAUCUUCAGAAUUAUAUACCAUUGGACCAACCGCACCUUCCUCUUUCAACCUCAUGAUAUUGGGAGGUUGGUUUGGCUAUCUGCUUUAAACGGAUUUAUUUUAUUUUACUUGUCUUUGCUUCCUUGUAUAUCUUCUCUGCUUAUUCAUUUUUCUUCUUUUGUUCUUUUAUAGACAAUAUGGCCAUUGUACCCACCCUACCUGUCGUGAAAGUACAUUUUUCUUGUAUUGAUAAUCAUAUAGCCUGGGGUUAUGAGACUCAGGCUAUAUUCACUAGUUAUUCAAUUAGGGACAUUGUAGUGGUAGACAAGGUACUAUAAUUUAAGUACAAACGGAGCAUAUGUUAGCCUUAGCUGAUUAUGUUUUCUGAUUCUUUUACUUGUAUCGAUUUGCCGGUUUCUCUUCCUUUGGAUUUUCAAUUCUUCUGUUGAAUGUUAAGUUCAAAAUUUCUUGUCA